AAACAAACGUCAGGAUGAUCGCAAAAGAGCUGCAACAAGGGAGAUAAUUAUAUUUAUUUAUUUGUUUAUUCACUUUCAAGCAUGUCUUCGUCUGUUAGAAGAACCCGAUCAGUGGUUUUAACAGUUUCAAAAUUAUUUAAAUGCAGAUCAGCAUGCAUUAUUGGCACACAACACAACAGAUAUUACAGCCAGAGUGUGGCAGCUGAAUUAAGCGAGACUCCUGAGAAAUGGGAUCUGGUGGGUGCUAUGUAUUUGGAGCGGUUGCCAGUUAUCACUCCGCCCCUGAGGAAAAUUGAGAAGCGAUACAAAGAAUACCGACACCAGAUAGAGGUGGAAAACAGCCUCCUCUCAGAUUACGAAAUCGCCAAAAUCCAGGAGGAAGACAGAUUAGCCCUUCAGACAAAGAAUGUUUUGGACACACCACUCCAUCUCCGGAACGUCCCAGUGCAAACCAUGCAGGACAGAGAAGAAAUAUGGAACAAAGAACUGGCCGAGUUCUCUCCAGCACCAAGAGUGACCGAGGCAGAUGAGAGCGGCGACAUGAAAUCUCUAGACAGGAAGCUGGACCAGACAUUGGUUCUCCUUGUCAAACAGAAAAUAGACGGCAAAGAAUACUGGUACCUGCCUAUGCUACAGUACAUCGCAGGGACGUCCAUGAGACAGGUGGCAGAACAAGCUGUUGCCAACACUUGUGGAGCAGACCUGAAAAUUCAGACUUUUGGGAACGCACCUAGCGGUUACCAGCUCAAAAUGUACAAUAAGGAACUUCAGGAAGAUACUAAAGCUAAAGGCAGAAAGAUUUUCAUAUACAAAGCAGAAUACAGAAGUGGCCUAGUGACUCCUAGUAAAGACUCGGUUCUGGAUUAUGUGUGGGUGGCGCCCAGUGAAUUAAGACAGUAUGUGGGCCGUACAACAUCGAGGAUAUUUAAUAAAUUUAACAUCUACUGAAGACUCGGUUCUGGAUUAUGUGUGGGUGGCGCCCAGUGAAUUAAGACAGUAUGUGGGCCGCACAACAUCGAGGAUAUUUAAUAAAUUUAACAUCUACUGAAAUAAAUCUAUAUCAUUCUAUA